AUGCCUGGUAUGUUCAAUCAGUGCCCUCAAAUUGUCACUGUCACCUGGGCCCUUCUUUCUAAAGUCCCUGGCAAGGGCGUGGGUGGUAGCCAGGGGAGGGCUCAGCUCGGUGCCGUUUUUCCGUCCCAAGGCCUGGAGUGCCAAGUGCAGCAGGACACAGACACAGCCCCAGAGACGCGGCUCCUGAGACCCAGGCUCCAGGCCCUGCCCGCCCUCUGCCUCUGUGUGCUGGCCCUGAUCUGUGCUGUGGGUGAGGAGGGGGGCAGUAUGGCGACCGCAGAAGAGGGCCAUGGGGGUGGAUGUGCGUCCUGUGGCUGGUCCCACGCAUCUGUGGAAGACCUGAGCCCUGAGACAGACCCUGAGGCGAGCAGCUGGGGCCUGAGCAGGCUGAGGGGGCUGGUGGAGCUCAUGGUGAUCAGGACCAGAGAGAGGUGGCAAUGGUUCUGGAGCCCUGGAGUCUUCCAGGACUUCAUGCAGACCUACUACGAGGACCACUUGAAAGACCUGGGUCCCCGCACGCAGGCCUGGCUCACCCAGUCCAAGGACAGCCUCCUGAACAAGACCCUCAGCCUGUGCCCCAGGCUCCUCUGCAGGGGCCGGGCUCAGGACUCGUGUGCUCCUGCUGCCCCCCUGCCCACAAUAAAGAUUUCCUCUCUGUGUGGGUCUGCAUCCCUCCGUGCUGUCCUCUCCCCACUCACAUCUGGGGAUUCAGGGGUGGAAGGGGUUACACUUGGCCAGGGAGGAGCAGUAGGGGCUUUGGGAGCAGAGUCAGAAAAAUCUCACAUCCCACAGAAUAAAAUGGGGAAAAAAAAAGAAAGAUCUCACACACACACACACACACACACACACACACACACACGCGCGCGCGCGCGCGCGUGCACGCAGGCACUGUGAGCUCGCAAGGGCGGCAAGCUUUAGAGCAUUUCACUGUGGAAGUGGUAAACCUGGUAUACAGUUAUAAUCCCAGCACUCGGGAGGCUGAGGCAGGGGAAUCAUUGCAAGUUCAAGACCAGCCUGGGCUGCAGAGUGAGGCCUGGCUGAACUGCAGAGCAAGCGAGACUCUGUCUCAAGAAGACCAAAAGGGAGAGGGGGUGGGAGUAGGGAGAAAUGAGAACGGGAAGCCUGGAGAGCUGGUAGGGCAAAUAGGCCCCAGGGUGUCCCCGCUCUCUU